AUGUCCAUAGUUGCCAGCGGCAGCGGCGGCGGCGGGGAGGCACGCCGGAUCUACCCUACCCUGACGAGCACCAACUACACCAGCUGGUGUAUACAUGUUCAAGCCAUCAUGGAGGAUCGGGAGGAGUGGGAGAUCGUGGAGCCAGCUGCGGAUGCGACGGUACCAACCGCAGCCGAGGCAGAGAAGAUCAAGGCGAAGGACAAGAAGAUCAAGGCAAAUUUGCUUCAGUGUAUUCCCGAUGAUAUACUGAUGCAAGUUGCCAAGAAGAAAACCGGCGAGGAAGUCUGGGAUUCCCUGAAGGCGCGCUUCGUUGGCGCAGAUCGGGUCAGAGAUGCUCGGUUGCAAACAUUGAAGAGUCAAUUCGAUGCAGUCGAGAUGAAAGAAGAUGAAUCCCUUGAUCAGGUUGUGGGGAAACUGACAGCUCUGUCAGUCAAGUGCAGCAGCUUGGGGGGGAGCAUUGGUGAUGCAGAUCUGGUGAAGAAAUUGUUUGAUAUAGUGCCCGAUCGGUACCUCACCGUCGUGGCAGGCAAGGGGAAGAGAGGAGAUGGCAGUUGGCGAGGCCAAGGCAGUGGCCGUGGAGGAAACGGCGGUGGCCGAGGCAGUGGAGCUGAUGCUGGCAAAGAUGGCACUGGUAAGCGCGAUAAAAGUCAUAUUAAGUGCUUUAAGUGUCAUGGUUAUGGGCAUUAUGCAAAUAGAUGUCCUGGUGAAAAGAAAAAAGAAGAAGCACACCUGGUGAAAGCUGGAGAGAAGGAACCAAUAGUUCUGUUGGCUGAGAGGCUAUUGCCGGAUCAGCUACAGUACCAGCUCCACAGUCAGACUCAAAACACAGACAGCAGAAUGCAGAGAGUGUUUUUGAAUGAAUUGAAGGUAGUGCCUGAGUUACAUUUAUCUGAUGGGGGUGGACCAUCAUGUGGUGUUUGGUACCUAGAUAAUGGAGCAAGUAAUCACAUGACAGGUGAUGUACUGAAAUUCAGAGAUCUUGAUCAUGCUGUGUUGGGUAAGGGUAGGGGUACAAUUGUGUUUGAGGGAAAACAUGGAGAUCAUUGGGUGCUUUCUGAUGUCUAUUAUAUUCCAAAACUGAGAAGCAAUCUUGUUAGCUUAGGACAAUUGACUGAAACUGGCCACAGAAUUAUUCUUGAUGAUGAUUUGCUAGAAGUUUGUGAGAAGCACUCAGAUAGGAUGAUCAUGAGGGUCCCUAGAACACUGAAUAGGUUGUACAAGAUUGAGUUGAAAACUAUGGAACCUAGAUGUUUGAUUGCAGACAUUAAUGAUCAAGCCUGGCUUUGGCAUGGAAGAUUGGGACAUGUGAAUUUCAGGGCAUUGAGUCAAUUGGUCGGGAAGGGGAUGGCUAGUGGGGUGCCUGAGAUAAGACAUCCUGAGCAAGUCUGCAGUGACUGUUUGACAGCCAAGCAGACAAGAAUGUCAUUUCCCAAAUCAACCAGUUGGCAUGCAGAUGAGAAGCUCACUCUGGUGUAUGUGGACUUGUGUGGACCUGUGACACCAGCCACUGCAGGAGGGAACAUGUACUUCAUACUACUUGUUGAUGACCAUACAAGAUGGAUGCAGGUGUACCUGCUGAAAUCCAAAGAUCAAGCAGUUGAUUACUUUGCAAAAUACAAGGCUAAAGUGGAAAACUUCACUGGCAGUAAAGCUCAUAGGUUGUUUGAGCCUAGUACAAACAAGAUCAUAGUGAGCAGAGAUGUUGUCUUUGAGGAAUCAACAAUGUGGAAUUGGGGUGUAGCUGACAAAGCUGAGAAUUCUGUUGACUUUGUAGUAGAAAAUGAAGUUGAAAUAGAAAGUUUUUCUGUGGGAGGUAGUGCAAAUGUUGAUGAGAAUCAGUAG